AUGGCUCCUGGCGGAUUCACCUUGGCCGUGCUAAAAAGGCACCCCAAAGCGACGGUGCGAGGAAUCACUUUGCCACCAGAAAUAGGAGGCUUGGAGGUCACACUGCCAAGUUGGAGACGGAACGAAAAGGUCCAUAUAGAGUUUCUUGACGUCACGAUGCUCGCGGACGAGAUGGGAGCUCCAGCAAUAUCCAUACCGGUUACGCACGCAGACUUAGCGAACUUCUCCUCGCAUAGGCCGUUCCUCGGCAAGGAGUUCGACCUCGUGUUCUGCGGCGCUGCGGUGCUCCGCACGCAUUCUCGGGCUGCGUACCGCGAGUCCCAGGCAUGGAAUAACGUCGAACUAAUCAACGCGUUCACGCGCUUCUCAAAUGUGUACCUCUUUAAACCUAAGCAGAAGCACGCCACCCGCUCGUCCUUCUACUUGGUAGCAACCAAGAAGGGCCAGUGGGAAAUUGCUACAUUCGGGACCGAUGACGCCUUGAAGGCUUGCCUCUAUGCGUCGGAAGACUGUGUUCUGACGGACUUUGGGUCGUAA